AUACGUAACGUCGUUAGUCGUUACCUUCGCCGUCUUCGGGAUUCACGAUACAGUCAUAACUGUGCGUACCUAGACUCUGUAGACCAGGUAGACUUGGCUGCGGGGCUGAGAAAAUGGAUCCCCGAAAGCUUGAUUUGGACGCCAAGGGCAAAGCCCAUCUUCCCAAGAACUACAAGUUGAGUCCGGCGGAGAGCGAUAUCAUCAGCCAAUGUGUUGUCCAAGGUACUAUCCUUUCUGCUGGGUAUGCAUUCAUGGUGGGCGGGCCAACGUAUCCGUUCUUAGCAAUGAGAUAUCCUGACAUGCCGAAGAAAAAUAUUGUGCAAAUUUCCGGAUUAGUCAUCAUGCUGGCAUUUGGUAGCAUGGCAUGUGCAUCGUGGUGGAGAGGAUUUCGGCGGGUGAAAAGUCUAGAGAAUUCCCCUCUUGCUGAUGUCAUCAAUCACAACGCCGAGUGGAGCCGCCGGAAGUAACUUACGGCACGAGGCGUGGACUUUUAAACAAACACGAGUGUGCCAAACGCUGAUCUGGCAUUCACAAAGGUCACGAUGCGUCACUGCACUGGCAAGAAAUCUGUGUGCAAUGCAGCGACUCAAGAUAUGUCCAUGCUUUGGUGACACGUGGUGCUAGUGCAGGACAGCAGCUGGAAAGCACAAGAUGCUUGGCUCGGAAGAACAUUUGACCCGUGCCGUGCCCGGCAGUCCGAUGGGUGUGCUGUGCGGAGUGAACUGACUGCUCCCAAUGCACGCAGGAUGUAAGAGAUGGCCGGUUCGCACGCCGUGCCCUCACUCAGAUUUACUCCUUCUGCCUGACUGCUCCACUCUGGCUUAACUGCUCCACUCUGGGUGAACUGCUCCUCUCUGGCUGAACUGCUCCUCUCUGGCUGAACUGCCGACAUGUAGGCUGAACUGCUCCUCUCUGGCUGAAGUGCUGACAUGUAGGCAGUAUGCUGAUAUGUAUAUUUAUAGCUCUGCGGCUGCUGAAUAGCACCGGCAUAUUGUUGCCGAAGGCUGCUCCAUGUCUUUGAAAACUGAUCAACAUUUUAAGUUAAAACUGGUACAAGCUAACUAUCUUGCUGAAGCCUGAA